AUGACAACUCACAAACGAAACUGUGAUUUUGGCAAGAUAGACUUCACGCCUUUUCCCAGAAAUUACAAGAUACAAUGGAUUGUAUCCAUGACAUGGAAUGCCACUGUUGGCUGUGUUUUAAAUUCAAAAUAUUACAUACUUUUUGGUAUUCUGAUCCCGUUCUAUAUGGGUUGGUACAAUAAUGGACCUGUUUUGACAGUGUAUGCUUCACAAAUCGCGGUCUCUGUGAUGGAAUAUUUCUCUGGUAGAGGGUUCCUUUUCUUCCCACUAUUGAAUUCAUUGUUCACCGUACAUCUUAUCUUCUCAUUAAUCCAGACUGCCCUCCCUGUCACUCGGAGGAAGACUCUCUUCAGAUCACGACUACCUCCACCACAGCUCAUACCAUUAACCGUGUUUAUUGAGAUGUGCUUUUUAUUGCAAGACAAGAUUACUUAG